AUGGCCGACACGACAGCAUCCCGGCUGAUACCGCAUAUCCACCUCCUCUGCAUGGAGAAGCGCUUCAUCAGUGCCUUCACGUCGGCGAUUGCGCACCACGGCCUCGCGUCCUCCACCGCCCUCACCUUUGACGUCCACAACGCCGCAUUGCAGUUCGUCCCCGAGUCGACGCACUUCGACCUCGUCGUCUCGCCCGCCAACUCAUACGGGCGUCUCGACGGCGGCUUCGACGACGCCAUCUCGCGCGCCUUCUCUCCGCGCGACGACUAUCUAGCGCUCACGCGCGUCGCCCAACACACCCUCUACGAUGCGUGGCGCGGGUUCGCACCCCCAGGAACAUGUACUCUCGUGCGCAUACCAGACGAAUUCGGCCCGCCGCGGUCGCGCAACGUCUGGGGUGCGCGGUACGUCGCGCUGUGCCCGACGAUGCGCACGCCGCAGGAGGUGACGUGGGACCGCGAGGUCGUCUACGAGAGCGUGUGGAGCCUGCUCGUCGCCGUGGACCGGCAUAAUGAGGCCAUCCGAGCUGAUGGCACGGGCGGCAAUCUCGACGUCAAGAUCAAGAGCAUGUUGAUGACGCCGCUCGCGACGGGCAUCGGGAGAGUGAGCGAAGAGCGGUGGGCGCACCAGUGCGUCCUGGCCAUGAAACACUUCCUCGAGGCCAAGCAGCGACCCGACAAGUGGAGUAAUCUAACGCCCGUGGACAUUUUUGAGCAUACAAACGAAGUCGUGGAUACAUGGACCAUGUGA